CAGUUGGGUGAAGCUCUGUAGUGAGUGGUUUUGAGCCACUGUAAUUAAAUUAGUAUUUUAUUGUACUUUUUACUUUAACACUGUUACUGUGUCUCGUACUGAAAGUAGUAAAUAUUUGCUGAGUUCCGGUCUGUUACCUUGUGCCGGGGCUGCGGGUGGUACAGUCAGGGGACAGCAUGGCGCUGCAGAGAGGACUGAGCCGCUGUGCGCGGUUUGCGCUUCAGUUCUCGCUGGACUCCGGCUGUUUUAAAUGCAGGGCUGGAGCCAAGCGCCAUCUUCUGUCAGAGGAUUUGGUAAGGCUUCAGGAUUUCCAGCUGAAGAAACUCUACACAGCUCGGCACUUGCCUGGUACAAAAAGUCAUUUUUUUGAGGCACUUAAUCAGAAAAUGGAAAGGAAUGAGUUGAUACUGCAGGAAGACCUGAAGCAAGUUCUGCAUCUUUGCCAGUCACCUGAAGAUAUGGUUACAGUUAGAAAUGCUAUUUAUAGGUACCAUGAAGUAAAUCCCAACUCAACUUACAGAUUUGGUCCUUUGUUUAUGCGGCUGUGCUAUGAGCUGCGCAUGGAGGAUGUGGCUCUUGGGACAAUAACUGAUCAGAAACUUAAAGGAUUCUUUUCAGAGAAAACAUCUUUUAACAUCAUGAUGGAUAUGCUUUUUACCAAAGGAAGCUAUGAAAGUGCUCUGAAGGUGAUGCGGGAGAUGAAAAGCCAAGGCAUAACGUUCAGCAAGGAAACAUUCACACUGGUCUUCGCCACCUGCUACAAACUGAACACCCCUAGUUCAUAUCAUAUCUGCUUGACUCUGAUGGAAAAAGGACAGACCAAAGGCAACCCAAUUCCCACUCAAGCGUAUUGCUGUGCAGUUGCUCUGGCCCUCAAACAAAAUGACACAAAGCGAGCACAGAUCAUCUACUAUCAGAUCUUAAACAAAAACAACAGGCUUUGCGGAAACUUGAAGGUGCUGAUGCUUGUCUUGGCAGGCUCAAUCGAAGAUGCAGUUGCAUACCUCAAAAAGACCCUAUCAUCCAAGAGUCCGUCAUUUAUAGGAAAGCUUAACAUUUCCCAGGAAGUGGUAGAUGUGUUGAGAGAGAAAAGUGUGGGCGGGCCUUGGGAAGUGGAGGCACAGGAGGUGGUGAUGCAGCUGCAGGAGGCAGGCCAUGUGAUUAAGCAGAGCAUGGACGAAAUGCUGUGCCACACCCCACAAGGAAAAUUGAGACCUCUUGGGUUUUUUGAUGAGGAAAAAAAAAGGCAAAGGAAUAGUCUUAAAACAUCCACACUGCUAUCACAGUGAACGCACAAACACACUACGAUUGGCCACUACUGAAAUAUUAUUAUAUUUGGGAGGCAUGAUAAAAUAAUGUGGUGACCAUCCAGAUGGCAACAGUGAUUAGGUUGAUUUAGGUCAUUUAAGUGUAUGUAACUAAUCAAAUGUUGCCAACUGGACAAAGGUAAUGUGAUCUUCAUAUUGAGGACAUCAUCUUUGUCGUGGUAUGUGUUCAGUUACUGCAUUUUGAAGACUGCAACCGAGAAAAGGCCAAGAAAAGGGUUUUGUCACAGACUAGAAAACUGUUUUAUCUUUCUGGUGAUGAUGCUUAGCUUAACAGACUUACAUCUACAAGUCCAUUGAUUCAGAUUCUUAUCUGAGGGAAAAAGAUGGACAAAACGAUCAUGGACAAAAUAAAUGUGUGUAAGUAAAUCCUUA